UGGCGGCGGCGGCGGGUGGGCGCGGGGGCCGUGAGGGAGGCGCUGCCGCCGCCAUGUCCGAGUGCUCGGCGCUGCAGUUCGUCAGCCCCUACGCCUUCGAGGCGAUGCAGAAGGUGGACGUGGUGCGCCUGGCCGCUCUGAGCGACCCCGAGCUGCGGCUGCUGCUGCCCUGCCUCGUGCGCAUGGCGCUGUGCGCGCCCGCCGACCAGAGCCAGAGCUGGGCGCAGGACAAGAAGCUGAUCCUGCGGUUGCUCUCGGGGGUCGAGGCGGUCAACUCCAUCGUGGCGCUGCUGUCCGUGGACUUCCACGCGCUGGAGCAGGACGCCAGCAAGGAGCAGCAGCUCCGGCACAAGCUGGGAGGUGGCAGUGGAGAAAGCAUCUUGGUGUCACAGCUGCAGCACGGGCUGACGCUGGAGUUUGAGCACAGUGACUCUCCUCGGCGGCUCCGGCUGGUGCUGAGCGAGUUACUGGCCAUUAUGAACAAGGUGUCAGAAUCAAAUGGUGAGUUUUUCCUCAAAUCUUCUGAGCUCUUCGAGAGUCCUGUUUACCUGGAGGAGGCAGCAGAUGUUCUCUGCAUUUUGCAAGCAGAGCUGCCAUCACUGUUGCCAAUAGUGGAUGUGGCUGAAGCUCUGCUGCACGUUAAGAAUGGAGCCUGGUUCCUUUGCCUUCUGGUGGCCAACGUCCCUGACAGCUUCAACGAGGUGUGCAGGGGUUUGAUUAAGAACGGCGAGCGGCAGGAUGAGGAGAGCGUCGGCGGCCGGCGCAGGACAGAAGCUCUUCGGCACCUGUGCAAGAUGAACCCUUCCCAAGCCCUGAGGGUCCGGGGCAUGGUGGUGGAGGAGUGUCACCUGCCAGGUCUCGGUGUGGCUUUGACCUUGGAUCACACCAAGAACGAAUCCUCAGAUGAUGGAGUCAGUGACCUGGUGUGCUUUGUGAGCGGUUUGCUGCUUGGAACAAAUGCGAAGGUUCGGACGUGGUUUGGAACUUUCAUCCGAAAUGGCCAACAGAGAAAAAGAGAUAACAUCAGCUCUGUGCUGUGGCAGAUGAGGAGGCAGCUGCUGCUGGAGCUCAUGGGGAUCCUGCCCACGGUGCGCAGCACGCACAUUGUGGAGGAGGCAGACGCCGACACGGAGCCCAACGUGUCCGUGUACUCAGGGCUGAAGGAGGAGCACGUGGUGAAGGCCAGCGCCCUGCUGCGGCUCUACUGUGCCCUCAUGGGCAUUGCUGGCCUCAAGCCCACGGAUGAGGAGGCUGAGCAGCUCCUGCAGCUGAUGACGAGCCGCCCUCCCGCAACCCCGGCCGGUGUCCGCUUCGUGUCCCUGUCCUUCUGCAUGCUCCUGGCCUUCUCCACUCUGGUCAGCACCCCAGAGCAGGAGCAGCUCAUGGUGAUGUGGCUCAGUUGGAUGAUAAAGGAAGAAGCCUACUUUGAAAGCAUUUCUGGUGUGUCUGCUUCCUUUGGAGAGAUGCUCCUCUUGGUAGCCAUGUAUUUCCACAGCAACCAGCUCAGUGCCAUCAUUGAUUUGGUCUGCUCCACCUUGGGAAUGAAGAUUGUUAUUAAGCCCAGCUCGCUCAGCAGAAUGAAGACAAUCUUCACACAGGAGAUUUUCACUGAGCAGGUGGUUACAGCCCACGCUGUCCGUGUGCCUGUGACAGGCAACCUCAGUGCCAACAUCACUGGCUUUUUACCUAUUCACUGCAUUUACCAGCUCUUAAAGAGUCGUUCCUUCACCAAGCACAAAGUAUCCAUCAAAGACUGGAUCUAUCGGCAGCUCUGUGAAACCACCACCCCGCUGCACCCUCAGCUGCUUCCCCUCAUUGAUGUCUACAUUAACUCCAUCCUCACUCCUGCAUCUAAAUCCAACCCAGAGGCCACCAACCAGCCUGUCACAGAGCAGGAGAUCCUGAAUGUUUUCCAAGGACUCUCUGGGGGAGAAAACACUCGUCCCACCCAACGCUUCAGCAUCACCACACAGCUGCUCGUCCUCUACUACGUCCUGUCCUAUGAAGAGGCACUGCUGGCCAACACAAAGAUUCUAGCUGCAAUGCAGAGAAAACCCAAGUCCUACUCCUCAGCACUGAUGGAUCAGAUUCCAAUCAAGUACCUCAUCCGGCAGGCACAGGGGCUGCAGCAGGAACUGGGAGGCUUGCACUCUGCCCUGCUGAGGCUCCUGGCCACCAACUACCCUCACCUGUGCAUCGUGGACGACUGGAUCUGUGAGGAGCACAUCACCGGCACCGACGCCCUGCUCAGGAGGAUGCUCCUCACCAACAUGGCCAAGAACCACUCUCCCAAACAGCUCCAAGAAGCCUUUUCCAUGCUGCCUGGAAAUCACACCCAGCUGAUGCAGAUCCUGGAACAUUUGACCCUUCUCUCAGCUGGAGAAUUGAUCCCCUAUGCAGAGGUGUUGACCUCAAACAUGAAUCUCCUGCUGGAAGCUGGAGUCCCACGGGGGAUUCUGCAGGCUGUCAAUAAACUCUGGAUGGUUCUGAACACUGUCAUGCCCAGAAGGUUGUGGGUGAUGACUGUUAAUGCCCUGCAGCCUUCAGCAAAAAUAGUGCGACAGCAGAAAUACACGCAGAACGAUCUGAUGAUUGAUCCCCUGAUUGUACUGAGGUGUGAUCAGAGAGUUCACAGGAGUCCUCCUCUGAUGGAUAUCAUUUUGCACAUGUUGAAUGGAUAUCUUCUUGCUUCCAAAGCUUAUCUUAAUGCUCACCUGAAGGAGACAGCAGAGCAGGACAUUAGGCCAUCCCAAAACAAUGCAAUGGGUCCAGAGGCCCCAGAAGUUACAAGGGAAGAGUUAAAAAAUGCUUUGCUCGCUGCUCAGGACAGUGCUGCUGUGCAGAUCCUUCUGGAGAUCUGCUUGCCUACGGAAGAGGAGAAGGGCCAGAGCAGCGCUGCUCAGGAUUUCCUGAGGGAUGUGCAGAGCCCCCCGAGCCCGCAGGGAGCUGAGGCAGAGGAGGAGGAGGAGGAGGAGCAGAGUUUGCUGUGCAACCUGCGGGAGGUGCAGUGCCUCAUCUGCUGCCUGCUGCACCAGAUGUACAUCGCCGACCCCAACAUCGUCAAACUCGUGCAUUUCCAGGGUUAUCCGUGUGAACUUCUGGCACUGACAGUGGCUGGGAUCCCGUCCAUGCACAUCUGUCUGGAUUUCAUUCCUGAGCUCAUUGCCCAGCCUGAACUGGAAAAGCAGAUCUUUGCCAUCCAGUUGCUGUCCUACCUGUGUAUCCAGUACGCCCUGCCCAAAUCCCUCAGCGUGGCUCGUUUGGCCAUCAACGUGAUGGGGACCCUGCUCACAGUUCUGACCCAGUCCAAGCGUUACACGUUUUUCAUGCCCACCCUGCCUUGCCUGGUGUCCUUCUGCCAAGCCUUUCCUCCCCUGUACGAGGACAUCAUGUCCCUGCUGAUCCAAAUUGGACAAGUUUGUGCCUCUGACGUUGCUACGCAGACACGAGACUUCGACCCCAUCAUCACCCGUCUCCAGCAGCUGAAGGAGAAGCCACACGAUUUCUCAGGGCUCUGUCAAGAUUCCUCCAGCAAAAGCUGUUCCAGGGACACUGCAAGCCUGGACCCCGAUGUUCAGCUGUGCCAGUGUGUGGAGAACACCAUCAUUGAAAUAAUUAACAUGAGUGUCAGUGGGAUUUAGGAAAAAACUUCAGGGAACUUGUCCUGCAGCUUUUCCCUCUCUUUAUGGUGCCUAAAUUUGGAAAAAAAGCUGUGAAAGUGGACUGAGGAGCUGGAGCAAAAGUGCACAUUUUUCAUUCAUUGAUUCGGUCGUGGCUGAGAAGAAAAUCCCAACAGGAUUUGGUUGCUUCCAGUGAAAGCUUCUGAUGGGAUCAGUAAAUAAUUUCCAGGGAGCCAGUGAUUUUCAGGCUUGCUCAGCUCCUGAAGUGACGCAGCAACACGCCUGGAAGGGUUUUAUAACACCAAAAAGUGAAUAUUUAUUUUGUUGGGCAAACAGCAAAAUGGUGAGUGAGAAAAAUUUGAGAUUGAAGUGCUUUGCUUGAGGUAAAUGAGCUGCUGUUCCAGAGCCUUGCAGAGCAAGUUGGAAUAAAGUACUCCAAGGAAUACUUGAAAAAGGGGUGUCAAAAACUCACACUGAGUUCUAAGAAAAUGAGAGAAUUUAUCUGUGUGUCAAACCAUUGGUCAAAGCUUCAGUUCAUAAGAUCAGGAAUUUAAAAAUCAACCAGCCUUCACUGAGAGCUUGAAAUUGGUCUAAAAGUUUCUUAAAAAAAAAUCAGUACUGAUAGUAAAAAUGAGCCACAUGAAUGGGAUUUUUAGAGAAUACAGCUCAGAGGGUUUUGUGUUUUUUAACUUUAAAAAAAGAAGAGGUGAAAAAGACUUGAAGAAAUGAGUGCAGAGGCAUCUUGAGCUGUCCACCAGGGUAAGAUUAAAUAAAGAAAUGGAUGCUGAGGGUGACUGUGCAGGGGGAUAAGGAGAGGAGGGACAGGUUUCAGCCAUGCCAAAGCAAUUCCAAGGCCAAAUCCUUUCUGCUCCAUCAUGGAGAUGGUUGUUCUUUUGUGUAGGAGGAUGGAAUUCCCACAUUUCCGUGUGGGAAACCCCCGUGGGUUUGUGUUCCAGGAUUCCUGCUGUAACACCCCCGUCACCAUCUGCCUACCCAGGGUAUUUUUGUCAUCUUCAUGUAAAUUAUGUAAAUAAUCUAAAUGUAUGUAUUUUAUUUCCUCCUCAGUUCCAAGUGUAAUUUUAUAUGCUGUAGUGGUAUUUAAAUAAAAAAAAAAUCCCACAAACCGACAACAGUCUGACUGAAGUUCAAAGGGAGUUGCCUGUUUUGCUUUUAAGUUUUCCAAGUUCAUCCCAAAUUUCACCUGAGGCAAACACCUGAGGGCACAGACACCUGACAAGAACAGGAGUAGUGAAAAGACACUGGCUUCCCAAAUCUAUUAAUUUUCCGUGGUGUUUUCUGUGC